CUUCCGGGUUGAAAGAAAGGUGGCGAGGGUUUCGGAAGGAAUAAAAUGGAAGGAGAGUGGAGCAGAUUUGAUAUCCACACUCCACUUUUUGACAAGAAAAAGAAAAAGCAUUCUGUACAUAAGGAAAGACAUCAGAAACGUUCCCAUGAAAGUUUCAGAGACUUUUCCCUGGUAAGUGAACAGCCUCAUAUAACUAAGAGUAAAAAGAAGAGAAAGGAUUUCCAACAUCUCAUUUCUUCUCCUUUGAAAAAAUCAGAAAUCUGUGAUGAGACUGAAAAGGCCAUUUGUACACACAGAAAGAAGAAAAAGAGAAGACAUAGUGCUUUGGGGGUAGACGAGGAAACAGGCGUCGCAUAUGUCUUUGUGGAUAAAGAAAAUACUAAGAACACGCCAAAGAAUUCAAAAACGGGUGUCGACGCCGUUCAUGUUGAUACCAGCAUAGAACAAGACACAACAGAAGAGCCUGAAGCGGACGGACUGCACGUGGUUGCUCAGUCACAUGAAAAUGAAUCAGAAGAACUGCACUAUAAAGUUAGGAAGAAAAAGAAUAAAAACCGUCGGAGGAAAGGCGCGUCCUGUGACGCCCUACGGGAAAGCCCGCACACGGGCAUCCGCCCGCCCCAAUCGGAACCGCACAAGCAGGCAUCCUGGCCUUCGGUGGGCCUAGAAGGCAACAUCACAGAACCACCGGCAUCUGCUAAGAAAAACAAGUCUAAAAAGAAAAAGAAGAAAAAGGCCAGUAACCAGGAGCUCGAGGCACUGCCCGGGCCUGAGCGCUCCGAAAGAGCGCGGGCGGCCGGAGAGGCGGGCGCGGCCCUGGCAGGGCUCGAGGCGUCCGAGGGCACGAAGAAAACGGCCGGGAAAAGGAAGCGCGCUCCUGCCGGAAGCGGAAGCGACGCGGCGUCUGCGGAUGAGAUUUCCGCGCUCGGUCAGAACGCCGAGAACACACUCUUUGAUUCACGGGAAAGCCACGGGGCCUUGCUCAGAGGAGGAGGGAGACCCCGGCGGCGAAAGCGGAAAAGCCAGGCCCGUGGGGACGACGAGCGUGGGGAGGAGGUGUCCAGGUUAGAAACUGCAAAUGAAGAAGAAAGCAAUUUAGAAUCAGCUAAAGAUUCUGAAACAAAACACUUACAUGAAGAUUCAAGAGAUUCGGGUGAUUCAGAUGUGGAUUUAGAUUCCGCCGUGAAGCGGCUCCAAGAAUUCAUUCCUAACAUACAGGAAAGGGCCGCCACUACGAUCAAACGAAUGUAUCGGGAUGACUUCAGGCGAUUUCAAGAAUUUAAAGCACAAGGUGUCACUAUUAGAUUUGGCAAGUUUUCUGUCAAGGAAAAUAAGCAGUUAGAGAAAAACGUGCAAGAAUUCCUGUCCCUGACAGGAAUUGAGACUGCAGACCAGCUGCUGCACACGGACAGAUAUCCGGAGGAAAAAUCUACCAUCACCGACUUAAAAAGGAAAUACUCGUUUAGAUUGCACAUUGGUAAAGGCAUUGCCCGACCCUGGAAGCUAAUAUAUUAUCGAGCAAAGAAGAUGUUCGAUAUCAAUAAUUACAAAGGCAGGUAUAGCGAAGAAGAUACUGAGAAGUUAAAGAGAUACCAUUCCCUCCACGGCAAUGACUGGAAAAAGAUUGGUGAAAUGGUGGCCCGAAGUAGCCUCUCAGUGGCCCUGAAGUUCUCUCAGAUCAGCACUCAAAGAAAUCGUGGUGCUUGGAGUAAGAAGGAAACUCAGAAACUAAUCAAGGCUGUUGAAGAAGUGAUUCUAAAGAAAAUGUCUCUUGAGGAGUUAAAUGAGAUGGAUUCCAGACUCCAAGAGGCUCCUGAAGGUCGCCUGUCAAUUGUUCGGGAAAAACUUUACAGGGGCAUAUCUUGGAUAGAAGUAGAAGCUAAAGUGGAAACCAGAAAUUGGAUGCAGUGUAAAAGUAAGUGGAUGGAAAUUCUAACCAAGAGGAUGACUAAUGGCGGGAAUAUAUACCGUGGAGUUAAUGCCCUGCGGGCCAAAAUCAACCUUAUUGAAAGAUUGUAUGAAGUAAAUGUAGAAGAUGCUAAUGAAAUAGACUGGGAAGAUCUUGCUAAUGCUGUAGGUGAUGUUCCUCCAUCUUAUGUUCAAACUAAAUUUUACAAGCUGAAAGCUACCUAUGUUCCCUUUUGGCAGAAAAAGACUUUUCCAGAGAUCAUCGACUACCUUUAUGAGACUAGUCUACCUUUAUUUAAAGAAAAAUUAAAAAAGAAGAUGGAGAAAAAAUGCAAUAAAAUCCCGACUCCUGCAGCACCCAAGCAAGUUUUCCUGUUUAAAGACAUCUUUUACAGUGACAAUGACAGUGAGGGAGACAUAAUAGACUCGGAAGACUCAGAAGAAAGUUAAGCAGAGGUUACUGUUUCUUGUUCUUCUUAUAUCAAUUUGGUUGUACUUAUAUACAUGUGUCAGUAAAGCUAUUCUCAGUAUUGAUGUUUAAUAAAGAAUGCACAGUGGCCAGAGGAAGGGGUAUAAAAUCAUAACUUCCAUUGUGGAGCAUUAAGAACUUAUUCAUGUUAAAGUUUGUUUGAAUGUGAAAAAGAGGAGCUGAAUUGAUUUAAUAUUUUUGUACCAUUAUAUUGAAAAUAAUAACAACUAAUGGUUUUUUAUAAAACAAAGUAUCCCAAGUCCCUCUAAUUGCUGCAGAGGGUACAGUCACAUCCUAUGAACAUUCAUUUUGUGGGUU